UGACCCUCCCCUUGCAAACCCACUGCCACAAACACUUUGAAGGCAGCCUUGAGCAGGCUCCUCUACCGCUGGCAGCUCGACGCUGUGCCACUCACUGCAAAGUUUUGUUUUAAAACUUCAGGCAACUUUUUUUUCCACAGCCGAACCCUGGAGUUUCUCCGUUCUCCGUCCGCCUUCCUGCAGCUGGGCGUUUUUCCAUCAGUGCGAGAUGUGACGAGAGUUCGCUUCCAGCCGGCCCGUUCUCUUUAAAAGCGUCAACUGAGUGAGGUCGCCUGCAUGUGGAACUAGGGGUGGGGUGGGGGGGGACUACACUGGUGGAGAGAGGAUUGUGUGUGUGCGUGGAGAAUGAGGGGCAGACAUCCCAGGCAUCGCCGACCCACUACAUAACAUGUCAGACACUCGCUCGCUGGGUUUAAGCGGCUGGCUUCUAUGAAGCAUGCAGUCUCUGGGACUAGUCCUGGUGUUGGCACAUCUCCUUGCGACAGAUUUCUGUGUGGCCUUGAGUGUGGUUGUCACCCCGAGGCCGGUGGUGGAGUUCUCCGAGGGUCAGCGAGGGAGUCUAUUCUGUCGUGUCUCUCAGCAGAAAUGGAGAAACAGUUACCUGUCCCUGGUGUGGCUGCUGUCAAACCCGCAGCACACCAAUCAACGGAUCCUGAGACUGAAUCGGACAGGACACGUGCAAACGUUUCGUAACUGCAGGGAGGGCCACUGUGAGCUUCAGUUCUUCCAGCAAGGUGCGGCCAAGGUCUAUGUAUUGAUCAUCAACGAGUUUCGCAAUACUGACGAAGGGCACUACAGAUGUAAGGUCCAGGAAAUCGCAAACCUAAAUAGGAAGUGGCUGUCGAUAUCGAACGGAGACAAUGCCACAGAGGUGAAAGUGCGCCUACUGCAGACCACGACAAUGCUGGCCCCUCCGAGCACGACCCAAACCUGGACAGUCUAUGAAGAUUCUAUUCAGGAAACUUCCACUCUGCCGAUUGCCAGAAAACCGAAAGAAGAAUGGAAAAUAUUUGAAGUUUCAGAUCUGUAUCUUUACGUGACAAUGGUCUGCUCCGUGGGAAUCCUUUCCGUGGCCCUCUUUGCUGCCGUUCUCUUCUGUCAGAUUCUCUGGAACAGGAAGAAGAGGAGAGCAAGAAAAUACUUGACAAAAGGGCCCAACAGCAGUUCGGGAGCGAUGAUGUCGGCUGCUGGAAGCUCCUCCAUUUUCCAAAACAAAUCCAGGAUGAAAAAGUUUGCAGCCUGUGAUGCACCCCCGCCAGUGCCAAUGAAAAUACCAACAAGAGAGGUGUCAGCCAAGAGAAAGUUCUUGAAGAAACACGAUAGCAAAUCCAUUCUGCCACGGAUAGUGGAGGACAGCCUGACCUACGCUGAGCUUGAACUGAUGCCCACACAACCCAGUGCCCCACCUGUGCCCAGCUCCCCGGACCCCCAGAGACCCAACACCGUCUACGCCAAGAUCUUCUUUGCAAAAACCCAAAGUUAAUAAACUCCUUCACGGUUACGCUUGUGGCACAGUGACAUGGUGACUGUGGUUGAUGCCUCCACAUGUCUCCGGCCGUUGGUGGAACCUUUGUACACAAGGUGUGACUUUCCAUUGACAGUCUGGCACUAUCGAUGGGGAAGGACUGGGUCCAUCAUACACAAAGCUCAGCUCAAAGCCCGGCUGUGUGAAGGGUGAGAGACAUCUUGUCCAGCCUGGCCAUCACCACGUUGUGAUCUGUCGCUCUGUACUGUGGACCAACCCGUGUACAGGAUGGGGCUGUGCAGGAUAGUCAGGCUCAGGAACCACCUAAACCAGGGCAAGGAAAGGUGCUGGUGUGUUUGCAAGACAAUAGCAAUAAUUUAAUUACUGGAUGCUGACAACAAUGUUGAUGAUUUUGUGAAUGUGAGGAGCUGGAAGAGUGAACACGUGAUGGUGUGAAUGUAAACAUAUAUGUAGUUUGUUGCAUGUUUUACUACAAUAAAUGUCCUAUAAAUAUGCA